AUGUGCCACGGGAUUUCCUGGUAUCACGCCCUUUGUCUCCAUCCAAACCCAACAUCUUCCAUACGCAUUGCCUGCAAGACUGCGCUCAAGUCCGGCUAUUAUUGCAGUGCAUUAGAAUCAUGGGUGCUUCCCCUGGUCGGAAUAUGUCCUUGGUGCAUGGCGAAAACUGCCUAUAUAGAAAAUGCGCAGCCAGAAAGCCAACCACACGAUUCUGCUCCUGUGGUAGCAGAUUUUGAAGACGACUACACUUCGAUUGAACAUGACGAGUCCUAUUUAUCAGAAAACAAUAGCGAGAACUCCAUAGAUGACAUGGAGUUAUUUGAUCGAAUCACCUUCUAG